UUGCGGAACCGAUGCGGAUACCGCGUUGCGCUGAUCAUGCAUCGUACUACGAUCGCAAAAGUGACCAAAUUCUCCUCAGAGGAACUAGAGCAGUCCCUCUCCGAUCCGCUGUCAUGUGUGGCGAAGGUGGUCUCGAACGAAAUCCUCAGCCUGCGGCCACGUGAAUGUGGACAUAUCGUGAAAGGUGUGCGGCGAUGCGUGCUGGACAAAGUUGGCCGGUACCACCCGAAAGUGAAUGGGAUCGUACUCGGCUACGCCAAGAUACGGGUCGAAAAUGCGCUCUCCGCACUCCGAACAGAUAGCCCGUAUCUGCACGUGCGAGCGACCAUCGAUUUCUACGUCUUUCAGCCACGUAUUGGAUCGACGCUCCGUGGAACGGUGAACUACGUCUCGAAGGAGUUUGUCAGCGCUAUGAUCUACCGGGUGUUCAAUGUUACGGUCAAGCUGAAUCGGAGCGGCGGUCACCAGAGUGCCGUGAAGAAAGGAUGUGAAAUCGCCUUCGUCGUCAAAUCCUGCGACAUGAAGAGCGAACUACCGAUCAUCGAAGGAGAGCUGGUCGUUAACGGUGUGACGGUGAAACAAGAGCAAUCCAGGGACGUUGUAGAAACCGCAGUAGCCCCCAAACGGCAAAAAGCACGACCAAUCAACGGGACGCACGAGGUCAGGUCAGAAGUGGAACCGGAUAAAGCUAAAAAAUCGAAAAAGAACAAGCAAAAGCAACCCCUGGAGAAAAGCGCACCGCCCGUUGUGGUUAAUGGCACCAACGAGUCACCACCGAAUGCGAGUGCGGAGGAAGGCGAAAACUCGGCCGAUAAGGACGAAUAUAUUCAGUCUCUGCUGUCCGAUAUGUUCUCCGAUUUUGUUUCGGAAUCACCAACCGAAGGAGCGAAAAGUAAGGCGAAAUCAAAAAAGGUACAACGCGAACCGGCAACCCCGGCCAGCACGAGCGUCUCCAUCAAACAGGAACCAUCGGAAGUGAAUGGCGAAUCGACGCCAAAAGAUAAAUCUGAACCGUUGGGCACGUUGAAACGCAAACUUCGGUUCAAUCUUUCCGAAACCAUUACCCCGAUCAAACCCUUGCAACCUGAACAUGUGGGUAAAAAAUUAAGAAAAGUUUGA